GAGCUUCCAAUGCUGUUUAAUGCCAUUUUUCAUACCUUUUGGACACAUUUUGUAUGCCAGUGAAACACUUACGGAAUGUAUUGAAUGCAUAACCUUGUUUGUUUCAUGCAAAUAAAUCUACAAAACACAGUCUUUUGAUCCAUGAUUAUUAUCAACAAGCAUGUCAGACAAAGUCAAAAUCAGUUUUCUCUACUCAGCCUCUCGGCUGCAAAGUUUAUGUUUUUCAAAAUAUCACCUAAUAGUAUGUUUUGUCUUUUUUCUGUUCACACUUUGUUGUUCCUCUUUUUCCAAUUCUUUUCAUAUCUUCUAGGUAAUGUACCUAAAGGAUUGAGCCAACUUGAGACUGACUACUGUAAUUCUAGUGCUUACAAUCCUGUAAAUCAGAUUUGCUGUAAUGGAAGCAUUCACAAUCGAAGCAGUGCUCACUCAAAAUGCUGUGGCCAAGUCAUGUAUGUACCAACAGCUCAUAUUUGUUGUGGCAACAACCAAAUGUUUGAAGUGCAGGAGAAUCUUUCUUGUUGUGGCAAUAAAUCGUUUGACACAACGAGACAGCAUUGCUGUGUUACAAGCAACACUCUUGAAGUGAGGCUCAAAAAUGAAUGCCCUUCACCACCUCCAAAAGAUGCUGAACCCUCAAAGUAUGUCAACUGCUCAGGGAAACUGUACAAGAGGGAAUCAGGCCUUACUCGGUGCUGUGGUAAAGACGUCUACAGUGUAGCAGAUGACAAUGUGCUGUGCUGUAAUGGAGUCCUUUAUCGAAAUGUGCCUGAAGAUUCAGAGUGUGUUGGAGGUGUUAUAUAUGAUCAAAACCAGAUUAAGAUGUUGAGUUGUGGUUCGGAAGUCUAUGACCACAAAAAACAGCUGUGCUGCUCAGGUCAACUCUACAGCAAAACUGAAGCAGAAUGCUGUGGAAACCUUCUGCUGGAAUCCAAUAAAAAUCAAAUUUGCUGUUCCUCUUCGACACAUGCCAAACUUUAUGACAUCAAACAUAAGCAUUUCUGCUGUGGGCAUUACUACUACAAUACGUCCCUGUGGAGCUGCUGUGCUGAACAUCUCAAACCAACACCAAAGAAUGACAGUUCUCCACCAAAAUACAGACUUAAACCACUGACGGACCUGAUCCCUGAAAUGUGCAAUAAAACAGUGCUCUUUGGCAAAGUGGAGAGUAUGGUACUUCGCCAAAAAUGGCGUGACAUUGUGUUGAGAGUCAUUGUGGCAGUCAACGAGGUAUCUCAAGGGCCUUUACUUAACUUGUCCCUGAAUCACUGCAGUUCUCCUGCACUAGAGAAUGGCAUGACCUACCUUUGGAAGAAAAUCAAAAGGAAAUACAAGCCACUCUCCAUCCCUGUUGACCUAACCUCUGACAUUCACAUGUUCAUUACAGUAUGUGACAUAAAUCAGCAGAGUGACAACACAUGUUCGCACAUGUUUUAUGCUCAAAGUGGAUUUUCAAUGCACGGAAACUUUUGAAGAAACAAUUGCAUCCUUUUUUGGCUCCAUUUACAUUUUACCUUUUAUACACAUAACAUUUUAUAUACUUUAUUAAGAUUUAUUUAGAUUUCAUGUUUUUAAUGACCAAACAUCAGUGAGAUUAUUUUUGAUCAGUCAGGUAACUUUAUGUUAAGCUACAAUGAAAAUGUGACCGUAUGAUUUUCUCCUGCCAAGAAAUUUUACUUAUAUAAUAAUAUUAAGUAAUUAAAAAAUACUUGACUUAUAAAUUCAUAUCACAUACUGUAUUUUGAUAUUUAAUCAACCUCAGGUCUGUUCUAAUUUAGUGACAGGAUUUACAGUCCAAGUGAAAAGAUGCUUUUUUGGUGUUUAGUCAUUUUUUGUCAUUUAAAUGCUGGUAAAAGGCAAAAAAAUCAUUUAAAAUGCAAACACACUUAAAAAAUUUUGCAACUAUAAGUUUGUUGUAGUAAUAUAUUCGUUAUAGUAGUACAUAAAUGAUGCGCGUAACAUUGUAUAUUAUGAGAAUACAUAUGCAAUAUAUUGACAGGCAUCUAAAGUUCCUCAAUUACAAACUGUGUUGUUUUGCUUCAAGAGAACAGCCAUACAUUUGUUUUUGUGAUUUACUGUAUUUUUUAUAUUCAUUUAUUCUUCAUUUAUUUAGUUCAUUCAGUUACAGUCAUUUAUCAUUAUUCGUCUUAUUAUUCCAUUUAAUCAUAUAUUAUACUAUUGUUUUUUUAUAUUAUUUUUCCAUUGUCUUAAGGUGUAUGGUUUCAAGGGCUAUUUGUCUUCAUGAUUAAGAGAUAAGAGGGAAUGUUUAUGGAAAUUCAAAAAAGCUUUUAAAAAAAGCUUAGCGUUGUAACAUACACAUUUAA